UUAAAGAGAAUUUAGCUACCUCAGGUUAUAAUAAUGAAGUUAUAAAAAUAAAACCUAAAAGUGAUGAUAAGGAUAUCAUGUUAGACUAUUCAACUCUCAAUAUCAAAAGUAACAAAGAAGAAAUAUUUAAAGAUAUUGGAAAUUAUAAUGAAAGGUUUAGUUGA